UUCUACCUUCACGCAGAACCAGUCCCGGGGUUUCCCUUCCGUCGGGACUUUUAGUAGUUUUUUUUGUUCGUGUUGUUUUUGCCUCUCUUUAACGUUCGCUUUUUUUCCCCCAACACUCCAACAGAGUGUGUGUGAGCUUCCGUCACUGCGGGAGGAAGAUCAGGAAGAGCGAACAUCGUCAGCCAUGGCCGCCAUCAGCAGCUCAAACACAGUUUUCGCCUUGGAGCUGCUGCGUACUCUGAGCCAAGCGGACCCCACUGGGAAUAUCUUCGUGUCUCCGCUGAGCAUCAGCUCAGCUCUGGCCAUGGUCUACCUGGGAGCUAGAGGAGACACUGCUGCUCAGAUGGCACAGGCCCUGUCAUUCAGCUCAGGUGAAGGAGUCCACGCAGACUUCCAGACCCUAAUCGCUGACAUCAACUCACCAUCUGCAUCCUACAUCCUGAAAACAGCCAACCGUCUUUAUGGAGAGAAUACGGCCAACUUCCUCACACAAUUCCUUGCAGCCACACAGAAGCACUACCAGGCCGACCUGAAGGCGGUUGACUUCAUCGGUUCUCCAGAGGCGUGCAGAGGGGAGAUCAACAGCUGGGUCGAGCAGCAGACAGAAAAUAAGAUUAAAGAUCUUCUGAAGCCGGGAACAGUCAGCACAAUGACACGACUGGCUCUGGUCAACGCUAUCUACUUCAAGGGAAACUGGAUGAAUCGCUUUGAUGAAGCAAACACCAAAGAGAUGCCCUUUAAAGUCAACCAGAAUGAAACCAAGCCGGUCAUGAUGAUGUACCAGAAGAAGAAGCUUCCCUACGAAUACUUCCCAGAUCACAGUGUGCAGAUCCUGGAGCUGCCGUACAUGGAGGAAGAUCUCAGCAUGUUCAUUCUGUUGCCUGAUGAGUCUGAAGACGGCUCCAACCCUCUGCCGAAGCUGGAGAAUGAGCUGACACAGGAGAGGCUGGAUGAAUGGACCAACAGGGAAAACAUGGACAUCUACUCAGAAGUCAACGUUCACCUGCCAAAGUUCAAGCUGGAGGAAGACUACGAGCUGAACGAGCCUCUGGCUAAACUGGGCAUGACGGACGUGUUCUGCUCAGCGAAGGCCGACCUGUCUGGCAUGAACGGCAAAGGUGGACUCUUCCUGUCCACGGUGGCACACAAAGCGUUCGUGGAGGUGAACGAGGAGGGCACAGUGGCGGCUGCAGCCACGACUGGCAUGGCACAAUUCUGUAUGUUCAGGGAGCCACGCUUCAAUGCAGACCACCCCUUCCUCUUCUUCAUCAGACACAACACGACCAAGUCCAUCCUCUUCCUCGGCAGGUUCUCGUCUCCUCAGUAGACAGAACCAACAGAGGAAGAUGUUGGGCCACUUCAAAUAAAAAAAACAUCCUUUUAUUGAGAGCUUUAUCUUCUGCUCUAUUUUCAUCUGCUCUUGCACUGGAAUUAUAGAUGUAGCUAAUAAUUAAUGAAGAGGUUUGAUUAUUUGUGAUUCAAUUAGUGAUUUGUAAUUUGUGAUCUCUGUGAUGUUUACAAACACAGCCACACAUACAUACAUACACACACAAACACACUUGCACACACAAACAGGCAAGUGCUACAAACACAGUAUCCGGGCAGAAAUGAAUAUAGCUGAUUCUUAUUGGCUAAUUAGACUCAUUAGCUCUUACUCUAAUUACUCUCAAGUAUGAGAGCAUGCAUGUGUGUGUGUUCAUGUCACCUGUUCAUCUGAACUCUGUCCUCCAGCUGCACACAGGUGAUGCUCGUUAAUAGCCUGAUUGAUGUCUAUGAGGGUUACAAACAGACACACAUGCACACACACACACACACACCACCAUCACCCCCACCUUUCACCCCCUCCACCCCAUUUUUAUCACUGAAGGUAGGCCGAAUAACGGAAACACCUCUGUUAUAAUGUAAUAUACACAGUGAUCAAUUGAAUCAACAACUGUCUAAAACUAUUUUAAUAAUAAUUUGCCAACUGAGCAUAUUAGUAAUUAUCAGGUGUAGACUCCAAAGUGCCUAACUACAAUUAAUUGGUUGAUUUCGUUGCUGUUCUCACCUGUGAACUCAUAUAUCUGGUAACCUAAACAUAUUCUUUAAAUUUAUCGUUUUAUCAUAUCACCCUAUAACAUGAUUUACCCCUCUCUCCCAUCUGAGUUUCUGUUACAGGAAGCAGUUGUUUACAUGCUGUUCAGAUCUGCUAGUUACUUUAGCUUUGCAGUUAGCACUAGCUUCUCUCUUUCUCCCUCUCUCUCGCUCGCUCGGUGUGGUGUUGUUGUAACUUCACUGUAGAGGAUUGUGAUAUUUACUACAUCUUCAGCGAUGUCUGCUGUCUUUAGGCAUCGUUCCACUCGCUAACCGGACUAAAAUUUACUAUAAUUAAUAAUGAUCAUUUUUUAAUGUUAUUAGCUGUCAUUUUUAUUUUUAUCAUUAGGAGCACUUCAGUUGCCAUUACAUUACUCGUGUUGUUACUGCCGUUGCUAUCACUAUUAUUAAAAUUGCUAUCAUUGCA